AUGGCCCCUGAAAAACUUAGUUGUUGUGCAAGAUUCCUUGAAAACUCUAAGCCCUACUUUGCCAUGAUCUCUUUACAAUUUGGCUAUGCUGGCAUGAACAUUAUCACUAAGGUUUCCCUUAACCAAGGCAUGAGUCAUUAUGUACUUGUGGUUUAUCGCCAUGCCUUUGCAACUGCUGUCAUCGCUCCAUUUGCCUUCAUUUUUGAAAGGAAAGGUCAACCAAAGAUAACAUUCCCAAUUUUCAUGCAAAUUUUCAUCCUAGCUUUGCUCGGGCCUGUGAUUGAUCAAAAUUUCUACUAUGCUGGGUUGAAGCUCACAUCCCCAACCUUCUCAUGUGCAAUGAGCAACAUGCUUCCAGCCAUGACUUUUGUUAUGGCAAUUUUAUGCAGGAUGGAGAAGAUAAACAUAAAGAAACUGAGAUGCCAAGCAAAGGUAGUGGGAACAAUAGUGACAGUGGCUGGGGCAAUGUUGAUGACCUUAUACAGAGGACCUAUUGUGGAGAUGGUAUGGGCCAAACAUAACCAUCAUCACAAUGAAACCUAUGCAAAAAGCACAACAGGAUCCUCAGAUAAAGAUUGGUUCUUAGGAUGUCUCUUCCUUAUCAUUGCCACACUUGCUUGGGCCUCCCUCUUUGUUUUACAAGCCAAAGCUAUAGAAACGUACAAGAAUCAUCAGCUAAGCCUCACUUCACUUGUGUGCUUCAUAGGAACUCUUCAAGCUGUUGCUGUUACUUUUGUUGUGGAACACAAUCCUUCUGUGUGGAGAAUUGGCUGGGAUAUGAGCUUACUUGCUGCUGCCUAUGCUGGGAUUGUGACCUCUAGCAUAUCAUACUAUGUACAAGGGCUUGUGAUUAAGACGAAAGGGCCUGUCUUUGCAACUGCCUUUAGCCCUCUAAUGAUGAUCAUAGUUGCCAUCAUGGGUUCCUUUAUCCUUGCAGAGCAGAUUUAUCUUGGAGGUGUGAUUGGUGCCGUCUUGAUUAUUAUAGGCUUAUACUCUGUCCUGUGGGGAAAACACAAAGAACGAAAAGAGAACAAAGUGGCAGAUGAUAUUCCAUUGCCUUUAAAGGGUGAGCCAGUGAUUAAUGCCACAGAUCAUUUUACUGAAGCCAACAACAAGGUCUCUUCAGUUGUAUUAAGCAUGCCUAUUCAAGAGGAUCCCAUGAAACAUAACCAAGAGACAAAGGCUUAAGCAAUAAGGAAUGUGAAUAGGAAUGGGGUUUUUUUUUUUUUUUUCCCAUCUUUCAUAAUCA